ACCUUCAAGACGCGCAGGCGCGAGGACCCUCCUGCGGCUGCGGCGGCAGCAGAGGCGCCAGCGCCCCAGAGCCCUGAGGGAGGCCCGCCGCAGGCGCCUGCCCAGGCCAAGCGCGAGGACCCUCCUGCGGAGGCGGCGGCUGCAGAGGCCCCAGCGGCCCAGAGCCCCGAGGGAGGCCCGCCGCAGGCGCCUGCCCAGGCCUCCCAGGAGGCCCAGCAGGCUGGCCAGCCCGCCGCGGGGCCGCAGGGAUCCCAGGGCGCGACGCCAGGCGCUGCCAGCGCUGAUGCUGGCCCUGAUGCUGGUCGUGAAGCAGCUGGCAAGGAGCUGGCGGACGCCCUGCAGCGCGCCAGGGCUCGCAGGGCGGAGGCAGAGGCCAAGCCAUCUGGCUUCCACGGCUGCAGGUACCAGUACACAAUGCUCUACAUGGCCGGGCUCAUGGCACGAGUCCAGCACGUGGCAGGCUCUCAGCAGGAGCCACAGGCGGGGCAGGAGCCACACUUCUGCUCGCGAUGGUCAAGUUCACCGAAGACUGGCCCCCCACGUCGCCGCGGCAAGGGCGGCGCGCGCAAUGUGGGGCUCGAGUUCAUAGGCUUCAAUAGUUCUUCGUGGGCGCAGGCCAUCGAUGUUUUGGACGAGGCCGCCACAAGGAAGAUCGUUGGCCCCAUGCACAUCACUUUCCUUCAAGAGCGUAAGCUGAGUGCGCCCAUUGCCAAGGACAUCGAGGCGGCCAGCUUCAACAGGCAUUACACGGCAGCAUUGGUCCCAGCCGUCAGCGGCCCAG